GCCGGCUACCGUACGCAAAAAUCCAUAGCUCUCAUUUUCCGAUCGAAAUCUCUCGACAGCGUAUAUUAUGAGUGAACGAGUAGCAGUUACGAGUGGGGGAUCGCCGAUCGAGAAGGGAAGCUAUGUGGUUGUACAGAAAGUCGGCGGUGAGCAUAUUCGUGUAAUGCGACUAUCCGCCAAGCAGAAAGUGCUCAUCGAAAAAUUGAAAUUUGAGGCAGAUAGCGUUUUUGGACAUCCUUACGGUCUCUUUGAGGUGUCAUCGGGGAAAGCUAUUCCCAUUUCUGCUUCUCAGCUAGUCCAGGAAGAAGGCGUGGGAGACAUUGAACUGCGUGAUGUAAAUGGCAGUGCUGACAGCGAAUCUACAGUUUUAGAGGAGUGCAACCAAGAGGAGCAAAACCUCAACCCAGCUCAAGCUCUUCAAAAACUUAGUCAAGAAGAUGUUCUCGCUCUCAAAGGUCAAGGGAUCUCAGCUGGAGAGCUAGUCUCCAAAUUAGUAGAAGGUAGCAAAUCGUUUAGUUCACGUACAGAAUAUUCAAAAAGCAAGUAUAUACGACGGAAAACGAAAAAGCAUUCAGACAGAGUUCUCAUUCUCAAGCCAACUGUUCGACUACUGUGUAGAUCUUACUAUAUGAAAGACUGUGGACGGGUUUCUAACUUGAGGGUCGACCAAUUAGGAAUGAUCAUUCAGUUGGCAGAUGUACAUCAUGGUAAAAACUGCGUUGUUUUUGAUCAGGUGCUGGGCUUAGUUUCUGCAGCCGUGGUCGAUAGGCUAGCUGGUCUAGGCUCGUGCAUCCAUCUUCAUCGGGGUCUCAUAGCACAAUCCAUACCAUGCGUUCAUAGCAUGAACUUCAGCGAAGAGAUAUUUUCCACAUUUUUGCCAGUUUGCAUAGCUUCGUUACUGGGAACCGCCAAACAAGUCGAUGAUACUAAAGAUAUUUCUUUGGAAGAUGAACCGAUGGAUGAGGAGGAGGCUGCAGAAGGCACGUCCUUAGCACGGAAAGCUGAUCGAUUGGCUAGAGAAAAGCGAGGGCUGGCUUUACUUGAAGAUGGCGUAGAUGCUUUGAUUAUAGCUACAAGAACUGUGGACCCCCUAUCCAUUCUAGAAGCUCUCUUCCCGAAACUACGGCCAUCCGGUUCAGUUGUUGUCUAUGCGCCUCAUAUGGAGCUUAUUAUGGACGCCCAUCGUUGGCUAAUGGAUCAUGAAUGCUUGAAUGUGCGAUUGUCCGAGCAGAUGUUUCGGAUUCAUCAGGUUCUUCCCGAUCGCACACAUCCAUUGAUGGCCCAACAUGUCGUUGGUGGUCAGCUGCUUAGUGGCAUAAAAGUCUCAACACCUGCAUCAACAGCAACUUCAUAACGACGUGAGACGGU